UCUGGAAUUUGUUGCAGACAAACAUAUGGUGAAGUUGAAAAGCGAGAAUGACAUGACGAGGUAAAUUGUAAAAAAAUGGAGUUUCUAGAGAGUCUACGCCGUUUGGAAGAAGAUGUCGAGAAUUAUAGUGACUUCGAGCAAUUACCUGUACAUAAUGCCUUAGAGAGAAGGUUCAGAAACACCUUGUAUUUGGGAAAGUCUACCGAGGGGAUAUCAUUGCCUGUAGCUGAUGUUGCUGUUGAUCUGUUCCAGAAUGCUGCAGAGAAGAAUCUGGGCACGUUUACACGUCGCCAUGUUGCCAAGUUUAAUCGAAAUGGACAGAUAAACCCCUCGUCUUCCAUGCUGGGUAUGAUGUAUGCUCGUCGUCUCAAACGACAGAAAUCUUCCUACCUCCAGAAAGUAACUUCCACUGAACUCUUCCUGGUUUCCAUGAUGCUGGCUACUAAAUUUCUCUAUGAUGAAGGUGAAGAUGAAGAAAUAUUCAGCGAUGAAUGGGCGGAUAGUGCUAAAAUUGAUGUUAAAAGGGUUAAUGAACUGGAACGAGACUUUCUGGAAGCAAUUGACUGGGACCUGUACAUCAAACCAGAUGAAUUCUUUGAGUUCUUACAACAAAUGGAAACAUGGAUCGCCUUAAAUGAGGGACGUCGGAGAGGCUGGUUUUCCUACUCGGAUUUCAAUGUACUGAUGGAGCAUAAAGAUUGGUAUACCACCAUUUCUCAGCUGCUUGACCAGUCUUUGAAGGUGAUUGGUAUGUGUCUGGCUGCGUACUCCUUGUGUAGUGCCAUCGUCUGUUGGUCAGUUCUGCUUAUGCAGCACCACUCUGCUGUUCCAGGAAUGGCUCCGGCUUCGGACAACUACAGUCAUGUGUUCCACGGAGUGCGCCCUCUCAAGGCAACCCAGGUUUCAUCUCACCAGAGCGAGAUCAUGCUGCCACCACCGAAUGUGGUCCACUCUGCUUCCGACCAAUCGUCAGCACCCUCUGAGAUGUCCCCUUGUCCGAAUUGCAGGCAGUGUUGCUGUAAUCUUGAUCAGGGUCACCUCGACUCUCAGAGCGUGGCUGACGGCAAUACCUCUCCUUGCCACCUCCAAGGUAAUGAAAAGCAGGAGCCUUUAAGUUGUCAGCAAUGUCUUACCAGAGGAUUUAGGGAUGACUAUUGGUUACGGACUAAGGUAGAUGAUGUUGGCCAGGCUCUGAUUUCAUUCUACCAUGCCCUUCUUGUUGCUUACCACGAUACAUCUGCGAUUCUCUCCAACAACAGUGAUCCAGGAAGUCCGAUGAAAAGUCGCUCACACCAGAUCAACCACUCCGCAACUCAAGGCCAACUUUUGACUCCAACCCCGUCAGAAUAUCUUCCGGACGUUAACUGUCCUCUGCUGUCAAGACGUAAAGGCAUGAAGAACCCUAGGGAUUUAAACAUGGACUCGGACUCCAACCUUGCUUCCAAGAAGCAGUGUUCUGUUUGUGAUGGCAUGGCAAAGCGCAAGACACUGCAAGAGAGAAUUCAUACGCUGCUACCAAAGUCGAUUAUGGAGACUGCAGUACCGGCAACUACCGGAACAAUUCCUCUUAUUGUAGCAUGAUGCAUUUCCCAUGAUUUGGAAUAUGUGGUUUAAGAAAUUUCAACAGCGAUGGCUUGAAACUACUAAUAUGUCACUGGUGAAAGGCGAAUAACCUAGAACCUAUAAAUGUCAGCACAAAUUUUGAUUCCCAUUCAAUGCAUUUGAAUUACAGGCAAUUGUUGAUAUGCGAGAAGAAUUUUUUUCUUGCUAUUACACAACCACCUUGGUAACCUUGGGAAAAUUUCUUUGACAUCAGAAUACUUGGAAUAAUGUCUCACAGUGGUUUUAACAAGUACUGCUUUUUUCUAUCCCUCUUGCUGCAUGGCGAAUUCAGUCCCAAAUUGCAUGCCUAAAUAAAACUUGGUGAAUUUAAAAUCAGUACUUCAAUAAUAAAUCGUUGAUAGACCAUUUAAUAUUAAGAAAAUUAUGGCUAUAAGUUUUCUGUUUAAAAAAAAUGGCAAUUCUCUUUGAGUACUUAUACUUCCACCCCUGAUUAUCACACUUCUUAGCUUAACCCAUGUGGGGUUUGAAUAGUUUUGUCGGAGUACAAGCCUUAAUACUUAAAUGCAUAUUCUGCAUGAAGUUGAAUAGCUUUUUGUAAUUUUGUUGUGUUUAGCUCCAGUUUACAAUCCGAAAUAUAGUAUACUAGUACCCUUAAAUUCCAAGAUUCUUCAAAGCAUGGGUUUCACAACACCACUGAUCUACAACUAACUCAUCACUCUUCAUACAAUACAAUCUCUGGCAUGUAUGAAAAUAAAGGAGACCUAUUCUGAUAUAUUCUUUCAUAAAAUCGGUAUUAUUUUACCAUCGGUAUUAUGGUGUGUAUGUAUUAACUGUAUACUUAAUUACUGGUGUAUUACAUGUAUGUUACUUUUUAGUUAUGCCUUAUUUAUUCAUUUGUUAUGAAGCAUGACCCAUUACCUAUAUAAUCCUGUUAGUUUUCUACUUGCUGUGCUAUGACUAUUUAUUAUUUAGGGAUAUCAGAGUUCACAGCAGUCAACUUGCAGUUGCAGUGGAGCAAAGGUGUGAUUGCUGAAGUGGUGAUGAUGUUUUCCUCUAUACAAAGCAUGUGUAUUAAUUGAAAGUAUAGGGAGGGUGAGUGAAUGAAAUACUACUCCGUGGAGGUGACUGUACAUGUAUAUCCAGGUAUCCUUGAUACAUUUAAGUUAAGCUUUAUUUUCCUUUUUUCUUGGCAAAGUCUCGUCAUGUCAGUGGCAUGGGGCUGCUAACAUGGCCAGCCAGCCAGCCUGGAUUUUUUGUUUAUUAAAGCUUUCUUAUACAUUUAGUGCUAGCAAAAGCUAUAUGUACAUGUAGCUGAUUUUUAUUCUGUAACUUAUUAACUGCAAUACUAUGAACUGUCACUGCUCUCUACACUUGUGCAGAUAAUUAUAGAAAAUCCUCAACAUUUCUUAAACUGCUUUAAUAGGUAAAGAGUCUCAGUUUUUUUUUCUUAUUUAAUUUAUGUACUUCAUGAUAGCUCCAUGAAUAAUACUCAUUACUAGUCAUAAGUCAUGUGAAUUACAUUUAAUUUUUGUCCAUUUUCAUGAGGUUUUGUCAAAUAUAAUUAUAUCAAAAUUGUUUUCAUCAUGCUUUCUGAAAACAACACUCACAGUUCAUUGGUGGAUGCCAUCAGGUAUAUCUUUAAUUAUCUGAAAUGAAGUUUUUUUUCAGACAUUCCUUGGCUGACUAAUCUUGGAUGUAUUAGUCUUAGCCAGGAGUCAAUUCUAUCAAAAUUGUUGACACAAGUUCCACUUUAUAAAGAUGAAAAGUAUCAGAUACGGCUUCGAAUUCCAGAUAUAAAUUCUGCAUUCAAAGAGUCCACAUUAUUCGAUGUACUUUUGGAGAUAAAGAGCAUAUCAUGUAGCAAAUCAUGUUUAUCUUACAUGUAUGUGGUGAAGAUGUAGGGAUGAUGAUUAUAUUCUAUAAUCAUUAGUGAAUGCCUAGUUAUUGGCUUCCAGAAAUAUAUCCUUCCUAUGGUAUGUUCAUUUUAUGGUAUUCAUUAGAACAUGAACAGUGUACAUAUUUGUGUACAGAAAAGGGCAUUCUAAACAAAGCAUCAGUAUUUUGAACAGAGUACAUUAUAUUACUGUGUUUCUCUGAAUCACUAUGUACGUCUUAUUUGAAGAUUUUGAGGACAUUUGCUCUACCAGCGAGUACUCCAAAUCUCGCAUACACUUCAGCGCCAUAUAGGAAAUGAUUAUCAUUAUUAUUACAAUGAUUUGAUGUGUAAAUUAAUUCCUUUCUGGAAAGAGGUUGGCAGUCAUUGUAAUGACUGCUGGGUAGUUUGGGCUUCUGGCUCAAGCCACAUAUGAAACCCAAACUCUGAGUGACCUGAAUCACAAUCCCAUCAGCUAGACAGAUCUAUCUUGACUCAUCAUUCUUCCUAGGGAGAAUGGUUACCUGAACGAUUUUGCAAUAUUUCCACAAUAUGCAGGUGUUUAUGUUCUUCUUUGCAUAAAAAUCAUACUUCAGAUAAUUUCUUUUUCAAUGCACUUUCAUGCAUUAUCAUGCUGAAUAAGACUACCAUAUGCAAAAUGACCAUAGGAAAGUUUGCUUCAUGAGGAAAUGCCCAGAACAAGGCAAAAUCUUGCUCAUCCAAUUUCUGUGGUUUAUUCACAGAUUUCUUCACAGAGGCAAAUGUUUUUUAACAACCGUCUGUGCUUUCCUGUGGAUCAGAGCAUCCAAGCCACCCACCCCCACACACACAUCCUUUUAUCAUUGUAUCUUUGAAGGUUUGUUUUUCUAAGGGGUAAUAUGCCUGAAGACCAGAAUACUUGGAUUUACAUGCAGUCCCAUAUCAUGAGUGCUAAUAUCAAUAUUUUAGUUUUUCUAGAAAAAAAAAACAUGAACAAUAACACUACUUUGUUAUAACCCUUCAUUCUGUUAUAACCUGUUAUGGAUUGACCUUGUAGUAGUAUUAAAGUGCCAUUUUAUGCAUGCAAAUUUGCCUUUUUAAACAACACAGGAAUGUUGGAUAAAAGUAUUAAAAUAAUGCAUGUAAGAAUCAUGUUCAUUGUCUGGUUAUUGAAUGUGAAUUUAAUUGUUUUGCAAGUCUAAAGAAGUGGUAAAAAAUGUGUAGUAUGGUGAACAAAAAUGUGAAACAACAAAAUUAUAGAAAAAUUUGUGGCGUGAAAGAGAAGUAACAUGAAAAAAUAUACAAAUAGACAUGUGUGUGAUGAUUAAGUAUUUAUAAAAAAGGUGAACACAUUUUUGUAUUCAAUGAGAUAAAAAGGUGUAAAAAUGAAAUGUGAAUGAAAGUAACAUCACUGUUUUGUAAUAUGGACUUCUAAUUUAAACUACAAAGCAACUUCAAACAUUAAGCAAUCUCAGAGAGUGUAGUGUAUUGUACUUGAAUAUUUUAUUAUAUACUCCAUGUGAGUGAUACAAAUGAUAGAUGUAUGCACUGACAGAAAGUGCGUAUGAUAUAAAUAUAAACUGGAAAAGUUGCGUGGAAACUGCUCUGGAAGCAAAAUUGAAAUUCAUUUGAUAGCUACAUGAAGGAAGUAAAAUCAAAUUGUAAGUCUGUCAUUUUUUCCAGAAUGACACUACUGCCCCCCCCCCCAUCACUUUUCGAUAAAAGCAACAUGGCUUGUAACAUAGUACAAAAGAAAUACUCUAGAGACAAAAUCCAGAGAAAGAUCUCAAAAGAUAAUACAAAGCAACAUAUUAGUACAUCCUGGUUCAUGGUCCAACGACAUAUUGAGCAGAAGUGACAAAAGAGUCACUGAACUCUUUUGAUCUUGCUAUUUAUCAAGUUUCUUUGAACCCUGACUUUAUGAAGGAGGUUACAUAAAUCAGGAUAUAAAAGAAGUGUCUAACUUGUUCAUAAAGUAUUUAUUUUGAACUGGGUUUAGAAAGUCAGAGAGUCAAUUGGACUUUAAUAGUUUAAGUCUCUUUGAAUUUGGUUCAUAAAGAAUCCCUUUGAACAUGCUUAAAGAGUGCAUUUGAAUUUAUUCAUAACAAGUCCCUCCUAUCUUUCUUUGUAUAGUCUUUUUUUUACUUGAUUACCAAAGUGUCUCAAUGAAUUUGGUUCAUAAAGAUACUACACCAACAACAUUUGAUUUUCAACAAGUGACUGGUCCAGACAGAGAGCACUGAAAGGAACAUCUUUGAACUGGUUAUAGAAGAGUCAAUUUAACCAUGUUUCCUGGUUAUUAUCAAUCACACAUGGUACAUGAUU